CCUUUCUCUUUUAGGGCCGGAGCGGGAGGGCAGGUGCGCGCGCGCGUGCGUGCGGAGCAGCGCGUGGCGAAAGGCAAGAUGGCGGACGGGCUAGGUUCUGCUUCUAAGAAACACAAGAAGAAAAAAGAUAAGAAAUCAUUACCUGAUGAAGAUGUUGCUGAUAUACAACAUUCAGAAGAGUUUCUCAUCAAACCUGAAUCUAGAGUGGCUCAGCUGGACACAUCACAAUGGCCUCUGCUUCUCAAGAAUUUUGACAAGCUGAAUGUGAGGACAGCGCAUUACACACCCCUUCCUUCUGGUUGUAAUCCCUUAAAAAGAGAAAUUGCUGAGUAUGUAAGGACAGGCUUCAUCAACCUGGAUAAACCUUCCAAUCCUUCUUCCCACGAAGUAGUGGCCUGGAUCCGGCGCAUCCUCCGUGUUGAGAAGACCGGGCAUAGUGGUACCCUGGACCCCAAAGUGACCGGGUGUCUGAUAGUAUGCAUUGAGCGGGCAACCCGUCUGGUCAAGUCUCAACAGAGUGCAGGCAAAGAGUAUGUGGGAAUUGUUCGGCUGCACAAUGCAAUUGAGAGUGAGAUUCAGCUUUCAAGGGCAAUAGAAACUCUGACCGGUGCGCUCUUCCAGCGCCCCCCACUUAUCGCUGCAGUGAAAAGACAGCUGAGAGUCCGAACCAUUUAUGAGAGCAAGUUGAUAGAAUAUGAUCCAGAAAGACGAUUGGGUAUUUUCUGGGUGAGCUGUGAAGCAGGGACCUACAUUCGAACGCUGUGUGUGCACCUGGGCUUACUGCUGGGGGUUGGAGGUCAGAUGCAGGAGCUCCGGCGAGUGCGCUCUGGGGUCAUGGGAGAGAAGGACCACAUGGCAACCAUGCAUGAUGUCCUGGAUGCUCAGUGGCAGUAUGACAACAACAAAGAUGAAAGUUACCUCAGAAGAGUCAUCUACCCUUUGGAAAAGCUGCUUACGUCCCACAAGCGUCUUGUUAUGAAGGACAGUGCGGUGAAUGCCAUUUGCUAUGGGGCAAAGAUCAUGCUGCCUGGCCUCUUGCGCUAUGAAGAUGGUAUUGAAGUCAAUCAGGAAAUUGUUGUGAUCACCACAAAAGGAGAAGCUAUCUGCACAGCUGUUGCCUUGAUGACUACGGCAGUGAUUUCUACUUGUGACCACGGAGUGGUAGCAAAGAUCAAACGCGUCAUCAUGGAAAGAGACACCUAUCCUCGCAAAUGGGGGCUUGGCCCAAAGGCAUCUCAGAAGAAGAUGAUGAUCAAGCAAGGUUUGCUGGAUGCACAUGGAAAGCCCAAUGAGAAAACUCCACAGGCUUGGAAGAAGGACUAUGUGGAUUACAGUAGUGUUGCAGCGAACAAAGAGUUAGAACAGGUGGCCAACGUGGAGCCAGAGAGGCCGCAAAAGAGGAAAAGGGAGAUGGAGAGCGAUGGCGAACAGGGCGAGGCAGCCUCGUCUCCCCCAGCCUCUCCGGAGCUGCCAGCAGAGAUCAAGAAGAAGAAGAAAAAGAAGAAAGAGAAAAAGCAGAUGGAGACUGCUGACAGCGGCGGGGAGCUGACUGAAGUGGUCAGUGACACGAGUGUGAAGAAGAAGAAAAAGAAGAAGAAACAACAAGAAAUGGAUGAGAGUUCAGAAUAGCCGGCCACAUCCGUUGUAGUAAGAGUCCCGGGGCCUUCACGGCAGUGGAGACCCAAUUGGGGAAACAGACCUGUCCUGAUUGCUGUGCAAAAAAGGAAAAGGAAAGGCACUGUUUGGUGGCCCCCCCUAUGUAGUUGGGCCCCCACUGUCCUGUUGUAAGGGCAGCUUGAGGAAGCAAGGGCAAACCAAAACUGUCCAGCCCUCUCUGUACAAGUUGGCAUGAACUGUAGAGGAGGAGUUUUCGGUCUGGGGACGGGAUGGCGGUGCCCCUGGCCUUGGCAGUGUUAGCCGCCUCUUGUCUCUUAACACUUCCCUCUGCUUGAAUGUCGAAAGAGCUGCUUGAAUGAUCAGGCCGGCUUGUCUGUUGGUGGAGGGUGAAGAGAAGGCGGCUGCUUAGAUUUUCUACUUGCCCCAUGUGCUCUCCUUCAACGAAUAGGUUCAGCCAUUUCCCUCUCAGGCCGGAACUUCCUUCUGUUGUUUUUGGUUUUUUUAAACAAAUGUUAAUUAUGUUUGAGAAAAAGUCAUGCGUUUUAGUUCUGGAAGUGCUGGCGGUAACAUUUUCCUCAUUGGUUCCUCAGAAACUGCCCUUUUUCAGGUGGCCUAAGAUACAUCCAUUAAUCAAUCGAUCCUGUGACUUCCUACAUGGGGUAAAGCUUAGGGAAUCGGACUGUUCAGGAGGAAGGUUCACCCACUAGCCAGUUGUCCUGUCCCAAGAGAAAGCAGAUGCAGAAAGAAAGGACCUUCCUUCCAGCUUUUUUCUGUGGCCUCAAGAGGGAGACCAUGUCUUUGUUCUUACAAAUCCAUUAUGUUGGGGGUCUCUACACUCCUGUCACUGUCCAGAAGCAGAGUAACAUAAUCCAGUCCAUCCCUCUUUUCUUCCUAACCCCAUUUCUAGACAGAACACCAAAGUUGGCUUAAAAGGAGGAACAUUUCAUAUUUUUUUGUAUUAAAAAUGACAAAUUUUAUUGUUA